CUUGAAUUUUGUCAGCUGCUUCGUUCCUUUCUUGUUCUCACACUCACAACACACCUCUCUCUCUCUCACAUAAACCCGAUCGACAUGCCCCUUUACACAUCGGCUAGUCUUAGUCUACAAUACCACUCGGAAGACGAUCAGUUUGUAACCUUGUCUCCCGCUUUGUGGGACGCGAUCGCUCCCAAGGAACAGCAACAGAGUGACUUCUUUACCGUUGCUGUGACGGUACCGUGUCUCAUUGCAUCAGCACCAGUCGGUGGAGGCGAACAAGGCGAAGGUUCAAACAAACUGCACUCAUUCCUGGCUCAUGCUAGAAAGGCCGAAGAAACCCGAAAAAAUGACAAACUCAGAGUGCUUGCAAGCGCAAGUCUGAUAAAAUCAAUAUACGGACCCGAUUCACUCGCACGACUAGACGAAGACGAGGAAGAGGAGGAUAAUGAAGAAGAGGAACAGGAAAAUCAUGAAGAGGGUUGCUCAGUACAAAUCAAACCGGUUGAGUUGGUAGAACUAGACGAAUUGAUUGUUGGUGCUCUGGAAGCAUCCUCCUUUGAAUUUGCACAACAAGGUAAAAUAUACCUACCGAUCAUCCUGGGAAAGCUUGUGAAUAUUUGAAGGGAGAAGUAGUAAGUAUCACUCACAGUUUAUUGGUGGUUUUGAUAGCUGAGUCUGAGCUUGGAUCACUCUUUUCAUCGUC